AUGCUCGAGAGAGCACGGCCCCAAGAAGCUUUCCGCAGCUCAGAGAAGAGCCCCGUAUGGCGCUUUGAGGGGGCGAAAAGUGUGAUGAGACAGUCCGUGACAAGAGCGACGGAGAAGCGGUGCAAGAGCCACGAGGAGCUGUUCAGUGGGCACACGUGGCACGGCGCGCGCGAGCGCGCGCGGCUGGAUGACGUGUACGACCUGGGGCGCGUGGCGGAGGAGAAGUUCCUCCGGGCGGUUGGGUUGAAGUGGAUGCUCAACCAGGGUGUGACCAAUCAUUGGGCGGACUGGCUCCCGUGCGCGCAUGCGGCCUUUCCGUUUGGUGCUGUUCCGGCGGACAGGCUCCAGCGGAUUCGCCGAGGAGAUACGACCAGAAUUGUGCGACCGGAACGCGUCCCGUUCUAUUCGUCUCAGGCGCAUUGCUGUGGAAAAACUGGCGGAGUCCAAUUGACCAAAGCUGGACCCCAGACCAAUGCCAAAGACCGAAAAUUAUGCUUUGCGGCAAUUGCUUUCACUCAGAAGUGUUCCGUUGCGCCCCCGCAGGCGGAAAAGCUGGCGGAAUACAAGCCGAAGCUGGACCCCCGCACUUUUGGCCGCCAAACUACGAGCGUCUCGGCAGACGACGAAGACACAGACGCUAAGCCAGAAAAUUGCGGCCUGGAAGAAAUUGUUUCUGGCUUUGGCCUGCGUCGCCUGCGUCCUGAUGGGCUCUUUGCCGGAGGCGACUGCGCAGCAGGCCGCAACUCGGAACGUCACCUUUGGCGCGCGGUGGUCCCCGGCCCCGGUCCGAACCUCAUUGGGACCGCCGGUACCACCGGCACCUUCCCACCUUCGUCGUUCUGCAGCAACGACGGCAUUACCCUGGCCCUCCAAAUCCCGAACGAGAGCGGGUGCGCGGCCGCGUGCGUCGCGUGGAACCUGGUCAGGGGGAUCCCCGGCGGCGCGUUUGCGGCCGUGCCCGCGUGCGUCGGCUUCAGCUACGUCCUGGAGUUUCACGAGGCGCUCGCCGGCCCGCCGGCCGGGUGCUGCAAGCUUCUGUCGGCGAGCCAGCCGCUGGUGGACAGCGGACCGGCGUAUACUACUUACGGUGAGAGCUCCGGGCAGUGGGACUUACCUGACCGCUGCGCACGCGCGCGCACUGCAAACGAAGGCAAGUUUAUGAGGCCUCAACACUCUCAGACGCGCGCGCCGGUCUCAAACGUCCGGCUGAGAGACCCAAAACGCUUAUGA